UGUCACCUGACACACCCCGGACGUCCGCGUCUCUCUGCGUUCCAUCGGUUUGUGUCUGCGUUCCACGGCUGCUCUGGACGGGGAGAAAUCGCAUCCUGCACAGUGACGGCAGAUGGCUGAGGUUGAGGUGAACGGUGCCUCACUCUCCACGUCCUCAUCCUCAUCCUCUAAUCCAAGCUCCAAUCCCCUGUCUAGGAAGCUCAACAAAAUCUUGGAGACUCGGCUGGACAAUGACAAGGAAAUGCUGGAAGCCCUUAAAGCCCUCUCCACUUUCUUUGCGGAAAACAGCCUGAGAAGCCGGAGAAACCUUCGGGGAGACAUAGAGCGGAGGAGUCUAUCCAUAAAUGAAGAAUUUGUGACUAUAUUUAAAAAUGUUAAAGAGGAGCUAGAAAGCAUAAAUGAGGAUGUGCAGGCGAUGAGCAACUGCUGCCAGGACAUGACCAGUCGCCUGAAGGCAGCAAAGGAACAAACUCAAGAUUUGAUUGGGAAGACCACAAAACUUCAAGCGGAAAAUCAGCGACUAGAGAUUCGAGCGCAAGUUGCAAAUGCGUUCUUGGCAAAGUUCCAGCUUACAUCGGAUGAAAUUAACAUACUUCGUGGAACUCGUGAAGGUCCUUUAACUGAGGAUUUUUUCAAGGUAUUGGAAAAAGUGAAACAAAUUCACAAUGAUGUGAAACUGCUUCUGCGCACAAACCAGCAAACUGCCGGGCUUGAAAUUAUGGAGCAGAUGGCUUUACUCCAAGAAACAUCUUAUGAGCGACUGUACCGAUGGGCUCAAAAUGAGUGCAGGACAUUGACUCAAGAAUCGUGUGACAUCUCUCCAAUCCUGUCUCAGGCGAUGGAUGCUCUGCAGGAUAGGCCUGUCCUAUACAAAUACACAUUGGAUGAAUUUGGAACUGCUCGGAGAAGUGCAGUAGUGCGUGGUUUUAUUGAUGCGCUAACGAGAGGCGGUGUGGGAGGUACCCCCCGACCCAUUGAGAUGCAUUCUCAUGAUCCAUUAAGAUGUUCUAGGCCUGCACGCUACGCCAAAGUAGCCCUUAUUAAUCAUCAUCAUCAAAGUUUUAUUUAUAAAGAGAGUCAGAUUUUAUUUAUAAAGAGAGUCAGAUUUUGCAGCAUUCUACAGAGUAUUGCAGGGGUUGAAGAUAAUAUCCAGGAGGUAGUAGGACAUAUCACAGAGGGCGUCUGCAGACCCUUGAAGGUCCGUAUUGAGCAGGUUAUCAUUGCUGAGCCUGGUGCAGUGUUGCUGUACAAAAUCUCUAAUUUACUGAAAUUUUACCACAACACAAUAAGUGGAAUAGUUGGCACAAGUGCAUCUACACUAUUGACUACAAUUGAAGAAAUGCACUUAUUGAGCAAAAAUAUUUUCUUCAACAGCCUGAGUUUACAUGCAAGUAAAUUGCUGGACAAGGUAGAGCUGCCACCUGCAGAUCUUGGUCCGAGUUCUGCCCUAAAUCAGACGCUCACACUUCUACGUGAAGUUCUUGUUUCCCAUGAUUCUUCUGUGGUUCCUCUUGAUGCCCGACAAGCUGACUUUGUGCAGGUUCUCUCUUGUGUUCUGGAUCCAUUGUUACAGAUGUGUUCGGUAUCUGCCAGUAAUCUAGGCACCGCUGACAUGGCCACAUACAUGGUCAAUUGCCUGUAUGUAAUGAAGACAACUCUAGCUCUCUUUGAGUUUACUGACAAGCGUCUGGAGAUGCUGCAAUUCCAGAUUGAAGCUCAUCUGGAUACUCUGAUCAAUGAACAAGCCUCUUACGUACUGACUAGAGCUGGACUAAGCCAAAUAUACAGCUGCGUGCAGCAACACAAGCCAGAGCAGGGGCCACUGUCAAAUCUACCCAGUAUGGACUCUGUGUCUCUGAAAGCUGCGAUGGCGCAGUUUGACCGGUACCUGGCAGCUCCUGACAAUCUGCAGAUGCCGCAGCUGAAUUUCUUCCUAAGCGCCACAGUGAAAGAACAGAUAAUUAAGCAGUCCACCGAACUUGUCUGCCGAGCUUACAGUGAACUCUACGAGGCUGUUAUGAGUCCUGUCAAUGGCUACAGGGAGCCCACAAGCAUCCUGCAUAGAUCUCCACAACAAGUUCAGUCCCUCCUCUCAUAAAUUGUGCCUACUUUCUUAUGUACAGUACACUAUAUGUUUUAAAUAAACAAAAUUGACAAUAUUUAAAA